AUGAACCGUCUUCCUAGUCGUACCACUGGUGGUGUUGCACCUCUUCAACUUUGGACUGGUAAACCUCCUAGUUAUCACCAUAUGAAAGUAUUUGGUUGUCAAGCUACAGUUGUUCUUCCUGGUGCUAAAAGAGAAUCUAAGUUAAGUUCAAAUACUGAAGCUGGUGUUUUGUUGGGUAUUCUUUGGAUCGUACAGCUUAUCGAGUUCUUCUUGAUUCAAGCAUUGUUGAAGCCAGGAGUUGUUGGUUCUGGUUCAGGGUCCAUGUCAGGACCUUGUUUUGAUUCUAAGGGGACUGGUUUAGGAUCUAAUGUUAGGGUUAAUUCUAUUGCUAGUUCUGAUUUAAGUUCUGGUUCUAGUUUUGGGUCUCAUAGAUCUUUACCAGCAUCCUCAUCUGGUUCUGGUUCUGGUUCUGGUUCUGGUUCUGGUUCUAUUCCUCGUUCUGUUCGUCGCAUUUUGUCUACACCUUCUGCUCCUCUUGAGUCUCCUACUCUUCCUUCUAUUGCUUCAGUUCCAUCUCUUCCUAGUUCUCCUAUUCUUCCACCUUCAGAUCAUGAUGUCUCUAUCUCUCCUGACUCUACUGGUGUUAGUGUUGUCACUAAGGAUGAUACUCAAGCUGUUUUGCCUAAAUCUCGAUCUCGUGUUGUUGCUGUUCGUUUACCUUCUAUAACUCCUGCCAAACGCCCGAGUUCUGAUGACAUUGUUUCACCUCCUUCUAAACACCUUUAUCCUAGUAGUUUUGAAGAAGCUAUGUCUAGUGAAGAAGCUGAGUUUUGGCUUGAAGCCUGUGUUAUUGAAAUGUCGUCUCUUAAACGCAAUGGUACUUGGGAAUUGGUUGAUCUCCCACCUGGUCGCAAGGCUAUCAAUAGCAAAUGGGUGUUUAAAGUUAAGCGCAAAGCUGACGGUUCAAUUGAACGUUACAAAGCUCGUCUGUGUGUAUUGGAUUUUCGCAAGUUGAAGUUUGGGUUCCAGGUUCAUCAUAUGGAUGUCGAGACUGCAUUUCUUAAUGGUGAUCUCAAAGAAGAUAUUUAUAUGAGACAACCUAAAGGCUUUGUUGUCAAAGGUCAGGAAUCUAAAGUGUGUCAUUUGAAGAAGUCUUUGUAUGGUUUAAAGCAAGCUCCUUUGUGUUGGAAUGAGAAGAUUCAUGGUGCUCUUGUCAAACUUGGGUUUAUUCGUAAUGAAAGUGACUACGGGUGUAUACCAAAGGAUCUGGGUCUACCAUGGCAUUAUUGCACUAUGAAAGACUUGGGCCCAGUCGAGCAGUUCCUUGGCAUGAGAGUUAAGCAGUCACCUUACCAUAUUACUGUGGAUGUUUCGCGUACUGCUGAACUUGGUCUUGAAUAUCGAGCUCAGAAAGUCUACAAGCUUGUUGGUUAUAGUGAUGCCGACUAUGCACAGGACAAGCAGGACCGUAAGUCAUUUACUGGGUAUGUUUUCAUUCUGUCUGGUGGUCCCAUUACUUGGGCUUGUCGAAAGCAAGUUAGUCCUGCAUCGUCCAGCGUCGAGUCUGAGUACAUGUCAUUGUCUGAUGCGUCUAAGGAAUGCUUCUGGAUUAAUCAGUUGUUGUCCCUUUGCAAGAUUCCUGUUCCGUUGCCAGUGACUAUGUUUGAGGACAAUCAGGGAUGUAUUGCUUUGGCUCAGAACCCAGUGUUUCAUCGUCGCACCAAGCAUAUUGAUGUUCGGUAUCAUGUUGUGCGUCACUAUAUUCGCAGUGGAGUGAUUCAUCUGGAGUAUCUUGAUACUCAAGUGAUGUUGGCAGAUAUGUUUACUAAGAAUCUUGGUCGUGUGAAGUUUGAGACAUUGAGGGGACUACUUGGUUAUAGUCAGCUUAACCCGCCGAUGUCAUCCUUAAAAUUCUAUGCUGGAAAUUCCUUCAACGCUUUAGCUAAUGGUCCCAUGCAGCGCUCACAGUUGAGCACGCUUUGA